GUUGAGGUCAGCUUGGAGUGUGUUGAAGGUAUGGAGGACAGCUUGCUUGAGGUCGAUCCAAGCUAUAGAAGCGUUGUUUUAGACUGGUUCCCAGAGUUGUCAUCUACAGAAAUUGAAAAUGACAAUUCAAGGAAUAUCGAGAAAUCCAAGAAGUCAAAUCCUAUAAGGUCAUGUGGUCAGCAAAACGAUGAACAAUCACAACCUAUGCAAUCAGUGAUCACAGUAAAAUCUAGAAACAGUUUGGAAUCAGUUAUUAGGAAGAAACUGAAAAAGAGAAAACAACAUGAAGACAAACAUGAAGAAGUCCAGCAAACGAAUACUGAUGAGGAUGAAGAGAGCAAAACUGCAAUCGUUGCUAAGAAACAAAAGCUGCAUGAUUCAUGGGAAGCAAGUACUGUAAAGAAAAAGAGAAGGAAAAGAAUAGAAAAAGAGGAAGAUUGAACACUGAUGGAAUUGAUAAACAACAAAAAGAUCAGAAAAGUUGUGGCCAUAACCCAAUAAGAAUCUCUCACGAAGAAGAGAAAGGGAAAAAGUCUGGUGAGAACAACGAUGCUUAUAAUAACAUGAAUGAAGAAUUACAGAAGAAAAACAGGGAUGACAUUACUGAGAAAAUGAAACACCAACAAAGAUCAAAUAAGAAGAAAUUGAAAACAGACAAGAAAAUUAUUUCUAAACAGAUGACAUCGUCAAGAGGUUUCAUUCUCUCCACUAAGACUUCUCAGGAUGCUGUCACUUCAAGUCACUUGAACAAGACUAAAACUCAGAAGAAAAAACAUAAGAAAGAGGAAACAAGUUUAAAGUCAACAAAACUUAGCGUGGAGAAGACGCACCAACUCACAAGGAAAUUUAAGAGAAAAAGAAAAUUUUUAUUAUUUAGAACAAGAGAUUCUGGUAAAGCCCUCAAAACACAUCAACAAUCAGAUAAACAUACUAAAACAAAAGUGCAUAGCAAAAAAAGGAAACAUGUUGAUUUAGUUGUACCAUCUACUGGAUUAACUAAUCCAUUACCAGACAAACAGUUGUCUAGGGGUGAUACAGAACAACAAAAGUCUCGUACAAAUGCACAACAACAACAACUAUCAGUAGUGAAUGACGUCCAGCAAUCCAAUUAUCAACCGAAAUGUAAUGAAAGAAUGAAACCAAAAAGAAAGAAAAUUAGAAGUAAACUGAAGAACAUCAGAAAAGACAACAGACCUGACCAUCUUAAACCACCUCAUCUGCGAGUAAUCACUGAAACAAGAUUUCCUGUUCUUGGAAUCAAAGAUUAA